UUCACUUCGAUUGUCAGCUGCGCAGUGUUUACAUUGGGCAUAGCUUGCAACGUCAUUUCUCAUCCGUUUUUGCAAAAUAAAGGAAGCUCUCGUGUUUGCCAGCAUACAAUGUUAAAAAAAAGUGUAAUUUUGGUAUUGUAAUCAACACCGCACCUUGAUUAAAUGAAUUCACGGUUUUCUGUGAGUAUCUGCUCUCAUUUUAGCAGUGGUAGCUAAAAUGACCAGCCAACCAAUACACGAUGAAAGCGACGUUAAGCAACGAACUUCGGACGGUGAAAUGGGCGAACCAAAUGGAGCACGUCCCAGCCAAACCUGGCACCAUAUGUUGCUGUAUCCUUCGCCCUCCUCCUCGCAGCUGUCCUAUGUUUCCGAAAUCCAAACGGAUGGUGGUAGUCAACCCUCAACACCGCUGCAACAACCGAUGCGCCACCCAACAUUCGGUGAGCUGGACGAAAGUGCCACCAAUUAUGAUUCGGGUAACUUCUCCCUAUCGGAAUCGGGUGGUAAGGAAAAGCUCACCUUUGCCACGGUAAACGCGGGACAUGGAGACAUGCAUCAGCGAUUCGUUCAGCUAAAUACCGAGCUGUAUCAGACAAAAACGGAACUGCUUACGUACAAGUACAAGUGGAACGAAAUACGGAAUGAAAUUGAGCUGGGAUUGAGUAAAAAAAUCGACAAGCUGUUGGAUGAAAAGAAUGAAGUAGAGAAGGAGCUAGAAGACGUAAGGAAGGAACUAGCGCGCCUUAAGGCACAACCUACAUUGGAUCAGAAUGGAAGAGAUCUGCUACGCAUCCGUUCGGAGCUGGAUGAAGCUAAGCUUGCGUUAAUGUGCAAAGAGCAAGCAAAUGAAAGUUUGAAGCAAAAAAUUGUAGAACAACACGUGGAAAAGGAAAAUCUCGCCAUAAAGAUCAAAGCCCUGGAACAUCAGCUGUUCGAUGGUCGAAGUGAAAUCAGUGGCGUAAAAUCAACAGAAAGAUGGUAUAGGGAUGAAUUACAUCGGUGCCAAAAUGAAAAUGCCAAAUUAAAGGAUACGUAUGCCUCGCUGGAGAAGCUGCUGUGUAAGGAACGCACCGAAAAGGGAGCACUCGUUGAAGCAGCACGAGAAGCAAAACUGCGUUUGAGGUACGAGAUAGAGGCGUUACAGCAUGAACUAAGCAAAGCCAACAAACGGUGUGCCAAAACGAACGAAGAGAUUGAAACAAACCAGCCAACAGAAGCGAUUACCAGUAGUAACAACAUUUCCCUUCAUCCUGUGCCAGAGUUGCUGGAAAAGAAUGAAUUUCUUGCACAGCAAAACAUCGAUCUUCAUGCCGUACUUUGUCAGCUUCAAGAUGCGUUACAGAACCAGCGGCAACAGUUCGAAGCACUGUCCAAAAAAGAACAGGAAGCCCUAAAAGACCUUGCCCGUCUUCAGGAGCACCGGGAAUCUGACAAAAGCCAAAUCGAAACGCUUACUGCGCAGCUGGCACACGAAUGUUUCACCAAACGACAGAUAGAUGUCAGCGUGGAGAAACUAAAAGCGCAAUUGAAAGUUUUGUCGAUAAACUUCACCACCCACGAUUCCCACCGGCCAGAUGUGAAGGAAUGUGAAUCGCUUCGUCAACGUAAUCACAUUUUACAGGAGCAGUGUAAUCGGUUAAUAAACGAACAGCAGCAACUAAAAGACGCGUUAGCAAUGUGCACGGAAAAAACGAACCCAAAACAGGACGAAAUGCGCUUGAUGGAAAACUUCCGGUGCAUACAGUCGAAAAAUUUAGAUCUGGAGCUUAAACUAGGUCAGUGUGUUAGCUUUGGCAAUGGUAUCGAUGGAACCGAUCAUGUCAUACCAUCGAUAGAGCUGGUUAAAAGAAGCGAACAAACCAUCAAAACACUGCAACAAGAUGUACAAGAACUGGAACAGAAGCUUUUCCCACAGCACACGGAAAAAGAGAAGAAAAGUGCUGAAAAACCGCAAAAAUCUUCCUGCCCAAAGCAUGGUUCUAAAUGUUGGGAAAAUGUAUCUUAUUCCGGGCGUAGCGCCGACGAAGAGGAUGUGGAAAUACGCAACUUGCGUAUCAUGCUGAAAGCGAUCGAAAGUGAAAACCGUCGUCGGAUGAAGCGCUAUGAGCUGAACAAUAGGACACUCCUGAAAAAGGUGAAGGAACACACGCGCGAGCGAAAGCAGGCCGAACAGCGUGUCGAGGAGCUUACGGCGGAACAUGCGAAAUGUGCAACAUUGCGCUGCGAGAUGUCAUCGGCCCGGGAACGCUGUCUGCUGAUGGAAGCCGACAUGGAAAGCUACAAACAGGAAGCGGCCACCCUCCGCUCGGAGAAAGAUCGAUUGAUCGAUCUGCUCGAGAACAACUGUCUGCUGACAAACGAUGGUGACGUUUGGGGAUCACUGAAACGCGCCUUCAAAGAGCUGCACGAACUGAAACGUGUGCGGAAGGAGAAUGUUCGUCUGCACGAUGAAUUGCAGCGUGAUGCGGCUCAAAUUGAACAGCUGGAAGCUACGAUUGACGAAUGGAAGGUCACAGCCGAUGCAAUGACGGCUGAGGUAGAUGACGUUCGCUUUGAACUGACCGAAAAAGCGCUUCAGUUGGAAGAAUCGCAACGAACAUUGCUUAAACUGACGGGAGAGAACACUUCACUGGAACAAACCGUUUCGAUGGCAGGACGGAACGAAAUGAAUCUCACCCAGCAGCUGAACGAGCUGAAACAAUUGGUACAGGUUCAAGAAAUUCGUCUUGAAACGGCUCACGAGCGGCUUAAGCUGUACGAACAGUCGGAGGCAAUGAUUGUAGCGGCAAAGGAUACGUUCUUUACCGAUCUGCAAUCACUGCAGGAUGCUAUUCUGCUGGAAAAGCAAGAAAAGUACGAACUAGAGGAAGAAGUACGCGAAUUGCGGCAAAAUAUGGUGAAUGCGGUUGGAAACAGUUUGCAGAAUUUCCAUCCACGGGAUAUUUCUGCCGAAGGAAGCGGACAUCUUUCGGCUGCCGUACUGAGCCCCGAAGUGCAGUCCCUUUCACUAUCCUGCACUAGCUUAGACAUCGAUCAGCUGCGUGCACUCGUCGAGCAAAGUGCCCAGCCACGCUAUUCACUGCAACCGCUGCACGAAUGUGUCUCCUCACUGAAGCUGGAAAUGGACAAUCUCAAUUCCGUGUUACAAAUCGCUAACCAUCAUCAUCCUCAGCAGCAAACUGAGCCACAUCAACGAUUUCCGCUAUCCCUAAUGGAUGAGCUAAACGAUGCCACCAACGGUCGUUAUGGGAGUAGAUGA